AUCACCAGCUCAAGCUUUUCGAUCUCCACUACCAAAACUCCUUUGCUUUCUCUUCAUUGAACUCGAUAGCGCCUAUGAAGACCGUUCUGUUACGAACCGGUUCCGGUUCAGUCCUGGCCCGGAGCUCCUUCGUUCCCGAUUCUCCUAGGAUCUCGCCUUCGCCUCGGGAAUCUCUCGCCGGAGUGAAGAAAAGCGCUUCGUCGCCGAGACUUUCUGUGCAUUUCGAGCCCAACCGCCGGGGCAUACGUCGGACGUCGUCUGAGUCUGACGUGAUCCGGUCGGAGAUCAAAGCCGUUGCCGGAGCUGAGAAGUUGUUUAAGCCGGAGAGAAUUCCGGAAGAAGAGUGUGCCAGUUACGACGACGACGAAACGUUAUUUGUGCUCACUCGUAUUGGAUCCUUCAGUUUUUCGGAUGAUCGGAACAACUGCUUCGGAGACUGGCAGGAGAAUGAGUUUCCUGGCGGCGGGAUUGGUAAUAACAGGAAGUUCACCGGCGGCGGCGGUGGCCGAGACGGCGGUAACGCAGAUCGGAGCAAAAUCGGAGCGUAUUAUCAGGAAGUGAUCAAGUCAAACCCUACUGACUCUGUCCUCCUAAGAAACUAUGCUAAGUACUUGCACGAGGUGGAAGGAGAUACCGUAAAAGCGGAAGAAUACUACGGAAGAGCGAUCCUGGCAAGCCCCGGAGACGGAGAAGUGCUCUCCCUGUACGGGAAAUUGAUAUGGGAAACUGAACGCGACGAGGACAGAGCCAAAUCUUACUUCGAUCAAGCUGUUCAUGCUUCUCCCGACGACUGUACGGUGUUGGGAUCUUACGCGCACUUCUUGUGGCAAACGGAGGAAGACGAUACCGCCGACGACGACUGCCGAGUAGAGAUGGGAGCUCCGGUGGUCGGAGCGUUGUAGAUUCCUCACUUAUUAUAACUGCUUUUGUAUUUGCUAACAUGUUAUAAAUUAACCACAAAAUGUAUUUCGUUUGGUUAAUAAAUAAUAAUAAUAAGCUAAGUGAAUGGUGUUCAGUUGAUC